UAACCAAUGAAAGAUAUCUAACAUGUGGCUCUGUUGUGUCAUUCAUUUUCCAUCACACUCAUUCCUGCCUUAUCCAAUUCCGGCAACACUGUUUUACAGUCUCUGUUCUUCCUCUCCCCUUACUUAGUCUGCCACAGCCACUUCUGGUUCUUUCCCAAUUCCCCUCUCAUGGCUGCCUCUACUCUCACCCCUGCUACCCCUUCUCAGCUUUGUUCUGUUAAGAACGGGAUUUUCUCUGCAUCCAAUGGUCUGAUGGUAAAGCCCUCAAGGACCCAUUUGCAAGGAAACAAAAAGAGCAUGAAGAUCACGUGCCAGGCCACCAGUAUUUCGGCGGACAGAGUGCCGGACAUGGAGAAGAGGAAGCUCUUGAAUUUGCUUCUUUUGGGUGCCAUUUCGCUCCCCAGCGGCUUCAUGUUGGUUCCUUAUGCUACCUUCUUCGCCCCACCUGGGUCUGGAGGCGCUGGAGGUGGUACAGUGGCCAAAGAUGCACUCGGAAACGAUGUAAUUGCAGCAGACUGGGUGAAAACUCAUGGACCUGGUGACAGAACUCUUACUCAGGGGUUGAAGGGAGAUCCAACCUACCUUGUGGUGGAGAAUGACAGAACUCUAGCAACCUAUGGGAUAAAUGCAGUGUGCACACAUCUAGGGUGUGUUGUGCCUUGGAAUACUGCCGAGAAAAAGUUCAUCUGCCCAUGCCAUGGCUCUCAGUACAAUAACCAAGGCCGUGUUGUCCGCGGCCCUGCUCCUCUUUCAUUGGCGCUAGCACAUGCGGAUAUCGACGAUGGGAAAGUCCUCUUUGUUCCAUGGGUGGAAACAGAUUUCCGAACAGGCGAAGACCCAUGGUGGUCUUAAAAUCCCUCGGCGAGAGUAAACUAUUCUUGCAGCUUCUGUAUUUACUUGUACUGAACAAAGCUAUAACCAUUUGUUGAACGAGAAAGCUUCGAAAGCUGCAAUUAUACUAGUGUACGUAUCUUUCAUUCA